AUGGCUGAAUGGAACCAAGGCCAGAUUGAUCGCAAUCUCCUCAAGGCCCUCUGUGCGUCCGGGAUGCGCUUGCUUUGCCUCGAGCGUCCUCUCGACAAGUCUAUUCCUAUAGUAUGGAUGCGGGAAGUCCAACAAGAGCUACUUUCGAGAUUAGGAAAGACUACGAUUGCUGACCUGCAGACCCUUCUACUACUGAUCAAAUUCCACUUUACGUUCAAGUUCACGGAGGAGGUGUGGACACUGCUUGCCAUGGCUGCGCGUAUUGCCUUCACAAAGAGAUUGAAUUACGAGCGUCCUACGGUGGAUCCGGUGGUCCAAGAGUGCCUGCGGCGUUUGAUGUGGACGGUCUUCUAUCUCGACAAACUCUUCUCUGGAGGGAUUGAGGAUCUGACGCUCUGCCCUUCGGAAAGAAUCCACAUCCGCCUGCCAAGUAACGACCGAUGUUUUCAGCGCGGGAUACGAUCUCGAUCUCAUUUCCUGCGAGAUCCGGGCGAUAAAAAGUCGGACAUGGAUGCGCUCGCAUACCGUAUCAAGUUGUUCGACCUGCGCGAUAGAAUCUUUCGAUACACUCGCCGCGUGGUGCUGGAAAAGUCGAGUCCUUUCGUGAGCCGGGAGGAAUUAUGCGCUCUCGACGAAGAGUUGGUCCUCUUCAAGACAACUCUACCGGACGAGCUUGAAACGGAUGACGCCCAAUUAAAGCUUAUGUGCCACUCCUCUGAAGCGAGGACUUAUGUUAUGCUGCACUCUACUAUCCAUCUGUGUCGAUGCGACCUAUACCGCUUUCUCGUACCCGGUAUCCGGGAGGCUGUGUCGAGUGAGGCCAUGGAAAACACACCUCCGGAAUAUAUAGACCACUGCCAACGGCAAUGCCUCGGCAGCGCUCUCAGCUUAUGCGACUUGUGGUCGAAGCUCUAUCACUUAGAAACUGACCGAGACAUCGAUAGCCCGACACUAGUCAUUGCAAUGUCUCCUUCGAUUGCCCCCGACGUUCAGAAUCAGCCCCAUCGCCGAUCCAAGCAUGCAUUCGCUCCUGACGGAAAUGAGUCUGUCGAGAUUGUAGCGAGGUCACCUAUUCCCGCACGUGAGCCAUGGAUGGGAAGGGUGGGAACCUUGGAAACCACGAGCGGGGACAGGAGGGGAUGGCCCACGCUCCCCGUUGGUCGAGAACUGGAUCCCGAGGACGCGUAUUUUACCGGCUACAAUCCUCUUAACCCCCAUAAUCUGGUAUAUGGUGCAAUGGACGUGGGCGCUGCUGCGCUGGAGCAUCCGGAGAUGGCGAUGCCGGUGGAUCCAUUCGAUUUACAGCUAAAUCCAUACGCCGACGCGCAGCUCUUUCCAGUUAUAAAUCCGUAG